AUGGCUGACUUGUUCCACGACUUGCUGAAUCCCCCCAGCUUGGCUGAUGGGGGCUCCCGUGAUCGGGCCCCUCACACCGACCCGGUUGCUCUCGAAUAUCUUUCCCUCCUAGCCUCGACGCAUCUCUCCCAGCUCGACGGCCCCGAGCAACAGUCGCUGACCCAGUCUUCCCACUCGGUGCUUCUGUCGCUACAGGCCCUCUCUAAGCGCGCCCACAGGUCCAUCAUCAGCUCGGCCGCAAAUCAUGCCAACCUCCGCGCUGCUCUUCCCGCCCUAGCUACAUCUACUAACGACCUGGCCCAUGCCAUACCCAAGCUAGAUAACGAGGCUGUUCAUUUUUCCACUACCUACCACAAGUCCGGAGACCAUGACGCCCUCAACGCCCGGAAGAAGGCCCUGUUACUGUCAAGGAACGUCGAACGGCUGGUUGACGUGCUCGACCUCCCCACCCUGCUUUCCACCGCAAUCUCGACCGGCUCUGCCGCUCCGGCGGCUAACUAUGCCUCCGCGCUAGACCUGAACAGCCACAUUCGCCGACUGCACGGAUUCUACCCGGAUUCGUCUCUGGUCAUGUCGGUGUCUGCCCAGGCUGACGAGGCCAUGCAAGCCAUGGCCAAAAACUUGAUCACGGGUCUGCGCGCGCCCGGCCUGAAGCUAGCAUCUGCCUUGAGGACUAUCAGCUGGCUCCGGAGGGUGGUACCGGAACUGGAUUCUGCCGGCACCACAGACAACGGCGGUGGUUUGGGGGCUUUGUUCCUGGUAUGCCGUUUGUCAACGCUCACCAACAUGCUUGCCGCCUUGGAGCCGCUCCGCGAGCUAGCAGAACAGGAGACGAUUCGGCAGAGGCAGAACCCGGGCGGGGCGGCCUGGUCGGGCGGCCAGCAGACUGAGCGAUAUCUCAAGCGGUACAUAGAGAUAUUCAGGGAGCAGAGCUUCGCCAUCAUCUCCAUGUUCAGGAGCAUAUUCCCCGCCCCGACCAACGGGUCAGCCUCGAGGGCCGGGGGCGCGGACCCUCUACAGCUCAUACCUUCGGCGCUGUCUACUUUCCCGAUUCACCUAAUCGAAAUGUUGACGGAGACGCUGCGCAUUUACUUGCCGGCUGUCAAAGACCGGCCAUCCCGCGAUAGUCUCUUGACUCAAGUCCUCUACUGUGCUGGAAGCCUUGGCCGGUUGGGUGGAGACUUCGGAGUUCUCCUGGCCACGGUCGAUAUGGGCGAAGAAGCAGACGACGAGUGGGUUGAAGUAGUUAAGAGGCAUAGGCUCAUGGCCGGCCGUCUCGAAUCGAUCGUCGGGGGCAAGGACAGAGGCACACCAACACCGGAGGUUGUCAAGGCGUGA